AGUCCCGGUGCUUGGGGCUACCUCACAACGUGGUCCGCAGCCGGUCAUCAGCACCAUGGACAGCGGCUCCGGUCCCGCGAUCUCCAGCAAUUGCACCGAUCCUUUCACGAGCUCUGCAAGUUGCUCCCCAGCACCUAGCCCCAGGUCCUGGGUCAACUUGUCCCACUUAGAUGGCAACCUGUCCGACCCGUGCGGUCCGAACCGUACCGAGUUGGGCGGGAGCGACAGCUUGUGCCCUCCGACCGGCAGUCCUUCAGUGAUCACAGCCAUCACCAUCACAGCCCUCUACUCCAUCGUGUGCGUGGUGGGUCUCUUCGGAAACUUCCUGGUCAUGUAUGUUAUUAUCAGAUACACCAAAAUGAAGACUGCCACCAAUAUCUAUAUUUUCAACCUUGCUCUGGCAGAUGCCUUGGCGACCAGUACCCUGCCCUUCCAGGGUGUCAAUUACCUGAUGGGAACGUGGCCGUUUGGAACCAUCAUUUGCAAGAUUGUCAUCUCCAUAGAUUAUUACAACAUGUUCACCAGCAUCUUUACCCUCUGCACCAUGAGUGUUGAUCGCUACAUUGCAGUCUGCCACCCAGUCAAGGCCCUGGAUUUCCGUACCCCCCGAAAUGCCAAAAUUGUCAAUGUCUGCAACUGGAUCCUUUCGUCAGCCAUUGGGCUGCCAGUAAUGUUCAUGGCAACAACGAAAUAUAGGCAUGGUUCCGUAGACUGUACCCUAACAUUCUCUCACCCAACCUGGUACUGGGAAAACCUGCUGAAAAUUUGUGUCUUCAUCUUUGCCUUCAUCAUGCCUGUCCUCAUCAUCACUGUGUGUUAUGGACUGAUGAUCUUACGCCUCAAGAGUGUCCGCAUGCUGUCUGGCUCCAAAGAGAAGGACAGGAACCUGCGCAGAAUCACCAGGAUGGUGCUGGUGGUUGUGGCCGUGUUCAUAGUUUGCUGGACUCCCAUUCACAUCUAUGUCAUCAUUAAAGCCUUGAUUACCAUCCCAGAAACUACCUUCCAGACGGUUUCCUGGCACUUCUGCAUUGCUCUAGGUUACACAAACAGCUGCCUGAACCCAGUCCUGUAUGCCUUUCUGGAUGAAAACUUCAAACGAUGCUUCAGAGAGUUCUGUAUCCCAAACUCCUCCACCAUCGAGCAACAGAAUUCCACUCGAAUUCGUCAAAACACGAGAGACCACCCUUCCACUGCCAAUACCGUGGACAGGACUAACCAUCAGGUAUGCAGGUUAUAGACUUGGGUGGACCUAACUGGGGGUGACAGAAAAAUUAAACCAACCUAAAAUGUUCAUUAAGCUUUUAGAAGGGGAUUCAGUAACUCGGGAUUAAGGUUCAGCAUGAGAAUGCAGUGGGGAGGAGGGGAAUGGUGAAGACAGUACCAGAGAGGAACUUAGUUAUGCAAAUCGAGCUCUAUAUAUUUAACUGUGGGCAUUCAUUGAGGUAUAGAGAUAUACUAACCAGAAAUUCAUAAAGCUGGUAAAAAAUCACUAUCUUCCUGGUUUUUUCUUCUAUGCAAAUACAAUGACUUUAGUACAUUCUUCAAGUAAUCUGGGUUGGAAUCCUACUCAUUUUCCCCAGGAAUUUUAUGUGUUUUGUGCAUAUCACCCCAAGAUACCUGUCACUUCUCUCAAAAACCAACCUUGCUUUAGUUCUCUGGUUAAAGAGAAAGGCCCAGCACCAUC